AUGAAGUUCAUUAAAGUUUUCCUAUUAUUUGUUACCCUUGUUGUGGCAGCUCAAUGGAGUAAAGAAGAUUAUGAAAUCUUCAGCUUUAAUGACAAACUUCAACAUGACUUGGGGGGUGAUAUUACGUUUUACAAGUGGUUAGGAUUAGAAAAAGGUCCAAAAUCAAGUUUACAAGAAAUCAACAAGGCGUACAGAAAGUUAUCUAGAAAGUUACAUCCAGAUAAAUUUGCCUCUGCAUCUCGUUCUGAUAAAAAGAAAGCUAAUGAAAGAUUCCAGAGAUUAUCAUUAGUUGGUAAUAUAUUAAGAGAUCAAUCUUUGAAAAGAAGAUACGAUUAUUUUUAUACAAAAGGAUUCCCUAAAUGGAAAGGUACUGGGUAUUAUUAUUCCAAAUUCCGUCCGGGAAUUAUAUUCACUUUGAUUAUUCUUUAUGUGUUGGUUGGUUUUUUGCAUUUUUUCUCUCUCAAAAUUAAUAGAAAACAAGCAUUUAAAAGAAUCGUUGAUUUAAAAAAUGAAGUUAAAAAUCAAGCAUGGGGUGGAUUACAAUUCCCUCCUGGUGAUGGUUCUGAUCGUAAACUUUCAAAUGAGGCAACGGGGAAAACUUUUUUGGUUAAAGCUGAUGGUACUGUUUGGCUUGUUGAAGAUGAUGAACAACACUUGAUUGAUGAGUAUGAUGUGAAUGUCAACCCAGGAUUUAAAGAAUCAUUAUUUUUCAAAAUCCCAGUUAAAAUUUGGAAUUUGGUAUUAGGUAAAUGGGUUCCAAUUGAUACAUCUGUUGAAUAUAAGAAACAAGAAACAUCUCCUCAAGAGGACGCCGACAACAACAACAAGAAGAAAAUACAGAAGAAGAAAACAAAAGGUAAAAAAAUUGAAUUGCCGAAUGGAAAGGUUGUAUACAGUAGAAAGAAAUAA